CCCUCCCCCCCACUGUUUUGUUUCUCCAAGACCACCUUCCCACAUCCGCCCGGUAUUGAUUCCAGGGGAUACCUUUUUCAAUUUCGAUAUUGAUUCACUGGCCUUGCCCUUUUUUUCCCAUCUCGGCUGGCCGUGAUCCUUUAAAUCCUAAAUCCGGAGGCCGCUAGCACCUCCUCCCUGUCCCAGAGGAGAUGGCUGGAAUCAGUCGCUGUAAAUUAUUCAGUUUCUUGACCGCUUGUUUCCCAUGCAAGAAAAAUUAUCAAGUCCCACUAAGGAAAGUUACUCUUCUUAUGUUGGGGCUUGAAAAUGCAGGAAAAACAGACACAGCUAGAGUUCUCAAGGGAGAACAUAAGGGCCAUGCAGUCCAAGAAGAAGUGGGAAGAGAAGAAAGUUCAAUAGAUGUGACUACAACCAUCGGUUUUUCCAGAAUUAAUUUUAUACGGGGAAAUUUUGAUGUUACAAUUUUUGACAUAGGAGGUGGUGGCAAAGGAAUUAGGACACUAUGGAAAUAUUACUAUGCUGAAUCAUAUGGCCUGAUAUUUGUUAUCGAUUCUAGUGAUGUAAAUAGACUAGAAGAAUCAAAAGAGGCAAUAAAUGAGAUAUUAAAACAUCCCACAAUGUCAGGAAAACCUGUAUUGGUGUUGGCAGAUAAACAAGAUAAAGAAGGAGCUUUGUCAGAAACAUGCCUAGUCAAAUGUUUGUCACUAGACACACUGAUCAAUGAGCAAAAAUGUCUCUGUCAGCUGAAAGGUUGUUCAACAUUGUUGUUUACUGGCAAGAAAAUUGACAAGUCCAUAAAGAGAGGCAUUUUUUGGCUUCUCAGUUGCAUCGGCAAUGACUUUUAUACUUUAAAAUCCCGUGUUGAAAGAGAUACAAAGGCUCAACAAAUUUUUGAGGAAAUGAAAAAACGGGAGCGAGCAGAGCGAGUGAGGCAACUACGAAGAGAAAGAGAAGAAAGGGAAAAAGAAUAUGCCACAGAACAUCCUGAAUUUUUGAGAUGUGAUUCUGAUAUAGACCUGUUCAAACCAACAGACAUUGUACUCAGGGAGAAUGAGAGAAGAAAGCAGAGGAUGGAUAAAGAUAUUGACCGUAUUUUCCUCAGAACACACAUAGAACAAAAAAAACCUGACAUACAGAAUCAGUUCAGCAAUGCAAGUGAAAGAAAAUUUGAUGAUUCUAUAUGCACAGAGCCUUAUAGUGUGUUGUCAUAUAUACCACCAACAGAGAAGGAAAUUGACAGUGUACAGCAGCUCUCAGACUGUGAGGAUUCAGAUUUCAAUGAGAAGAAAAAUGAUACAUUUGGGGUCAUAGCAUGCAAUCAAAUAGUACCACAUAAUAUAAGCAAUCCUGAUCUUGAGACACAGGAGAUGCCUGGACCAUCACAUCCAAUACAUGGUUUUCACAGAAUACAGAAAUAGAGCAGUCAGUAUUUAAAACAAAAACAAACAACAGACAACUUCUGAAAAGAGCAAGAGGCAAAAGACUCUACCAAAUACUUUAGAGAAACUUUUUAUUGUAAGUGAGUAUUACUUUAGACUAUAAAUUUCCAUUACAUUAAAACUCAAAAAGUGAAAUGUUAUGUAAUUUUCAUUAAAAAAAAGCCUCUACAUUCGACUUCAUAGAAAGUUGAUUGAGAAAGAUAAUAUUUCUACUUUGUCUUAUAUGAUUAAAAAUAAAAAAAAAGAACAUACAUUUGAAAUUGUGACUAUGGAUUUUUUUCUUUGCACUUGUGUUUUUAACUGGAUCAUGUUAGAUGUCAUCAUAAAUAUUAUAGAUUAAUUGAUCUUGAAAUUACAGAAGACAAAAAAUAUUAGAGUAAGUUCAAAUAUAUCUUGGAUUACUGACAAUUCUGCAUUUAAAAAUAUUGAAUUAAUUUAUACAUUAAUUAAUU